GUUAUGCAUCGUCUCUUUGAGAUCUUUGUUGAUGUGUGAGAUUUGUGACUCUUUUCAACGAUGGCUGAUAAAAUAAGCGGGGGUGGUGAACGGAUGUUCCACAAGGGAGGUGAUGGCAGGCCCAGAGGCUUCGGGUUUGGAGGAUUUGCCCUGGGAAAGAAGGAAGAUGGGGGACAGCCCAAGGCUCUCUCUGGGUUUGCUGGAGUGCCCGGAAUGGCUGGAAACUCCAGCACCUAUAUGCCGGGUCGAACACUCGGGUACCACAUGAACCUGGGCAAGAAGAGGGUCAAGAGCGAAGAAGAGUAUUUUGAUGAUGACGAGGAGGAGUCUGGCUUGGACUACCAGCCGGCCCCUGGGAGCCCCGGCACCAACCGCAAUGACAGCGACAGUGACGACCCCCUGGAUGCCUUCAUGGCUGGGCUGGAGAACAGCCUGUCUACAGGUCAACCAGCUGGAGCCAGUGUCAGUACAGGCAUGAAAGAAGAAAAGAAGAAAGGAGAUAAAAAGGGUGUGCGGGACGACAUUGACCAGGAGGAUGAGAUGGAAUCUUACUUCCGCUACAUGGAGGAAAACCCCAUGGCAGGUGUCGUAGUUGAUGAAGACGAUGGCAUUGAGUAUGAUGAAGAUGGUAACGUCAUCCUCCCAGAGCGAAAUAAGAUGAUCGACCCCCUGCCACCAAUAGACCACUCGGAGAUAGAGUACAACAGUUUCAUCAAGAAUUUCUACGUGCCACAUGAUGAUAUCAAGAGUCUGACAAAGCAGGAACUAGACGACCUUCGCUUCAAACUUGGAAUCAAGGUAUCUGGUGUUGAUCCCCCACGACCUGUCACCAGUUUCGCUCACCUCGGCUUUGAUGAGCAGUUGUUGCACACAGUACGGAAGGCGGAGUAUACACAACCAAUGCCCAUCCAGGCCCAGGGUGUUCCCAUAGCGAUGAGUGGAAGGGACAUCAUCGGUAUUGCCAAGACAGGAAGUGGAAAAACUGCAGCGUUCGUGUGGCCUCUGCUCAUCCACAUCAUGGACCAGAAAGAGUUAGAGCCUGGCGAUGGACCAAUCGGAUUGAUCCUGGCGCCAACAAGAGAAUUGUCACAACAGAUAUAUCAAGAGGCUAAGAAGUUUGGGAAAGUGUACAACAUCCGCGUGGUGUGUGCCUACGGUGGAGGCAGCAUGUGGGAGCAGACCAAGGCUUGUCAGGAGGGCUGCGAGAUCAUGGUGGCCACGCCCGGCAGGUUGAUCGACCUUGUGAAGAAAAAGGCUACCAACCUGCGACGAGUAACAUACCUGGUGUAUGACGAGGCAGACCGCAUGUUUGACAUGGGCUUUGAGCCACAAGUGAGAUCUAUAGCCGACCAUGUUCGCCCAGACCGACAGACAUUGCUGUUCAGCGCCACCUUCAGACGGAGAGUAGAGAAACUGGCUCGGGACAUCCUCAUCGACCCAAUUCGUGUUGUGCAGGGCUAAGUAGGAGAGGCUAACGAGGACAUCACCCAGACGGUGGAAGUCCUGCCCCCUGGUCCCGCCAAGUGGACGUGGCUCAUCAAACGACUGGUUGAGUUCACAUCAACGGGCUCUGUGUUGAUCUUUGUGACAAGGAAGCUGAACAGUGAAGAACUCGCUACCAAUCUGAAGGCCAGAGACUUUACUGUUGGUCUGCUUCACGGAGACAUGGACCAGAAUGAGAGGAAUAAUGUCAUCUCUGCCUUCAAAAAGAAAGAGAUGCCAAUACUGGUGGCUACAGAUGUUGCUGCACGUGGUCUCGACAUCCCCCACAUCCGCACAGUGGUCAACUACGACGUAGCCAGGGACAUCGACACACACACACACAGAAUAGGCAGGACUGGAAGAGCAGGAGAGAAGGGCUACGCUUAUACACUGAUCACUGAGAAGGACAAGGAAUUUGCUCCCCAUCUUGUCCGCAAUUUGGAAGGAGCCAAUCAAAAUGUACCUGCAUCUCUCAUGGAUAUCGCAAAUCAGUGUCCAUGGUUCAAGAAGAAUCGCUUCAAGAAGGGUCAGGGGAAGAGAAUGGGAGGCAAAGGACUCGGCUUCAAGGAGAGACCAGGAUUGGGCUCUGAAAAUAGCACUCGGGUUCAGGAAUCAACAAGUUUCGCCAGUUACCGGGGCUUGGGCUCAUCAGGGCCUCAAGGAGACAGAAUCUCUUCAAUGAAGACAGCAUUUGCCGCACAGUUCAAGGCCAACUUCACGGCUGCCACAGAGGAGGGCGUGCCGUCAGUCGUCCACGGAAUCAAGGGAGGAAUUCAGCAACCACAGUCUCGGAGGAAGAGGACCCGCUGGGAAUGAUGUGGUACCUGUGUCGUACCUGUGCGCCUGUGUUGUUGACUGGAUACUAUGCGACUGUUAUUUCUCGGCACUUCCAUCCAGGUUGCAUGGAUCAGGUAUUAUGUGGAGAGUAGUUGACUGUUUGCUCCCAAACAUCGGUUGAAGUCAGUGAUCUGCAAACUUGGGAUGCUGUCAACAAGACUUGAAGCGAUGUUCAUCUUUGUAGAACCAAAUGGCAGUAUGUGAAUGGGAUCCUUUUGUGAUUGUUUUUUGAAUAUGUUUUCAGAUACAACAAUGCUUAAAGUGCCUCUGGCUGCUUAAUUUUCCCAAACCAGAGACAAUUUGCUCGAUGAUAGUAUCAGGAGAUACUACAGUGUUUGACCUUGACCUACAAAACUAGGGGUCACUUCGAGAGCCAAUGAAUAUUUUCAAUGGUCAUUAUAGGAAAAACUCAUCCUAUAAAGUAAUGAAAUGGUGUAGUGUACUGUUCUUAAUCACAGUAGCUGUGUAUGGCUUUUCGAGAAUUUUGUAAAAUGAAUUUUAUUGUGCGUCCCCCAGGAUGCAAUACAUUUUUUCCCUGGGACUGUUCUGUACAUUUGCAUGUCAUUGACACGCAUAUCUGCAUUAUGUAAAUGCCUGUACUGUGUAAAAUACAGGUGCUUGUUCAGUAAGAAUGGACAGUCAGCUGUUGGCAAGAUCUUAUGCGAAUUAUUGUUACCAUGGCUACUGAGUUGUUUGUAUUGAAUUGUAUUUGGAUUAUGGUGAAAUUUAUAUGCUACUGUACGUUUGCUAGGGAACAAAAUUGUCAUCUUCAGUCAAAGAUGGGUCCUUGGUAAAAUUUUGGUGGUGUACGAGUUGCAUUGUAAUAGGAUUGCACUGGCAGUAUGAUAUAUUAAGGUGAUUUGAGAAGUGAGAACAGAUUUGGUUUUUGGUGCCUGUGUCCAGGUUCGAUUUGAGAUUGUGAAGUCUGACGUGGAAGCAAAGGCAUAAUGAACUAUCACAACAAAGAAAGCACCAGGGCCUAGAUGUUUGAAGCUCUCUUAGAGCUAAGAUAGUCGUAAGUGUCAUACAUUAACAUUAACUCACGACUAUCUUUGCACUAAUAGAGUUUCGAAAAUCUAGGCCCUGAUUAGUAGGAUGUAGUCAUAGACAAGACAGGAGACAGAGGACAACAGGUUGAUACAGUGGAUGUACUCAUAGACAAGACAGGAGACAGAGGACAACAGGUUGAUACAGUGGAUGUACUCAUAGACAAGACAGGAGACAGAGGACAACAGGUUGAUACAGUGGAUGUACUCAUAGACAAGACAGGAGACAGAGGACAACAGGUUGAUACAGUGGAUGUACUCAUAGACAAGACAGGAGACAGAGGACAACAGGUUGAUACAGUGGAUGUACUCAUAGACAAGACAGGAGACAGAGGACAACAGGUUGAUACAGUGGAUGUUGUCAUCCCUUGUAGUCUUCACAAUACUGCAGUACAUACAUUUCUUGCUGUUGGUGAGAGUAACGCUGGUCUUUUAUAAUGUUGGUGGUCUUUCAUGGGCCCCAAAGCCAUAAAUUUCAUGGAGUGGGGUUUUUAGGCGAGAGUAAUUCCGGUCUUUGAUGAAGCAGGCAGUCAUCCAUUGGCCACAAGGCUAUACAUACAUUUCAUGCUGUUGUUGAUUACACGAGAGUUUAAAACUGGUCCUUGAUAAUAUGGCCGGUCAUUGAUGGGUCACUGUACCAGCAUUAUUGUGAUGCUGGUUAAUGGCUCCGGUUGACAAGUGUAGGUAUUCAUUGUGUGUGAUCUGGCUGAGGGAGGUGCAACAUCUUGGCAUAACAUGCGGUAUAUAGUUACCAUUAAUCAACAACCUCAAUACUUUAUGUCAUUAUUACUGAUUACGGUUGUAGUCAGACCUCGCAAUGGAGUAGUAAUGGAGUAGUCCUCAGUAUCUGCAUGUUGUUGCCAUCAGAGAGUACACACUAAGAAAGCCCAAUCCACCACACAAGAACUGUCGAGGCAAUUGCCUUUUCGCCAAGCCUCAGCACAGAUAUGAAGCCACAGUAUGUGUUCAAGAUGAUGUAUAUCAAGGAUAUGUUGGUUUAACAUUGAUAUGAAGGACAUAGAGUUUUUUAAGUGUAGAGCACCAUGUCUUUGAACUGACAGAAACUGUGAAAAUAGAUUUGGCCUGUUGGGUUCCACUUCUGUUUUUUUUUAAUCCCAGGCUCUGGGAUUGUAAACGAUUAUUAUGUCAUAAUGUAAAUGUUGGGCCAAAUUUAGAUGAGACCCUGGACUGGAGGAGUAGUCUCUGUGGCUGGGCUAAACUUGCCUUCUUUACAUGGAGGUAAAGUCAACUGAAAGUUUGCCCUGUCGGUUUACAGGUUAGAAUAGGUUCACACAACUUGAGCGAUAGUCAUAUUGUGAGCCUAUAAACAUGCAUCCACUGUUUCUCAAGGGUCUGCUUUUGGGAAAACUUACACUAACCCCUGGAUCCAUUCCCGUGAUUCUAAAUUACCUGCCCUUUAUUUUUGUCAACAAGUUUUCGACCAAUCAAACAUCAAAAUAAGGAAAAGAGUAAAUGGGUAAGGGGAAUAACUUGUAUUACAUUAAGCCACUAUUAAUGGGUUUCCAUCCAUCAAAAUGAUUUAUGAGAGCUUUCCUUUGCAUGUCAGUCUGGUUUUGAAUGUUAAAUUUCUCUUCCAUCUUGUUGCUAUUGCCACCCAACAUUGAGGUUUUUGUUGCUAGCCAAUCAAAUUGACAAAUGGAAAUUAAGGGCUGAAAAAUUGAGAUUGCGAGAAACACAGGAAUUGUUUCAGGUGGUUUAACAAAGUGCAGGUGGGGAAAUAGGGGAUGAUAAACAGAGAUCCUGCAAUUGUAUAGUUUCAUCUGUGGCACCAUGUUUCAUUAAGUAUUUGGUCGGAUUCAUGUGAGAACUCUUUGAUCUUUUGAUUGCAAUGGUAUAUAGGUAGAAUGUUUUU